GUUUUAUACCGGGUUUAUCAAAAAGUCACCUGUUGCCACAGAAAAUGGUUUACGUGUACUUUUCGAAUGAUUUUAGGGAUUUAUUUGAAAGAUGGUCGCCUAGUGUAUGGGAGGAACCGAGUUAUUUGGAGGGAUUUUGGAAUAGUAUUAAGUGCUUCUUAGAUCUGCAAUUUAGCGUCGUCUCCAGCGUUCAGCUCGAAAUUUCCGUCAAGUCGUCUGGAUUAAAAUAGAUCAGCCAAGUAAGCAGUUUCAUCUCGACGGCGGCCAAGUUUUAGUCCGCGGCGUACGAUGCCCCAGUGCCGGUCUCUUUUGCACUAACCGAAAAACCCGUUCCAGUGAUUAUCGCGUCGGCUGUGGAAAACACGAGGACAUCAUCAUGGAUCCGGAAGCCUUUCUGGACGUCGCCAGUCAGGUGGUGAAGCUGAAAAUGUUUCCCUACUUCGACAUCGCUCACUGCACUCUGUGUGCAUUGUCGGUCAGAGAGGAUCUAGGCAGCGGGGCCCAAGCUUUUUCACGCAAACACCCCCUGGCAUGUUGGCUAUCCUACAUGCUGGUGGUCUUUGCCGGGGGCAUGGUAGCCAACGGACUCCUCGCAGAACCAAUUUUAGGCCCACUCAAAAACACGCCACAACUUGUCGUCGCAUCUAUCGUAUGGUAUGUUGUAUUUUACACCCCCUUGGAUUUGGGAUACAAGGUCGCCAAAUUUCUUCCAGUAAAAAUAAUUUUUUCGGCGAUGAAGGAAAUUUAUAGGUGUAAAAAAGUUUAUGAUGGGGUUUCUCAUGCUGCUAAAUUGUACCCCAAUGGUUAUUUGAUCAUGAUUAUCAUUGGUACCCUUAAGGGAAAUGGAGCUGGAUUUACUAGACUUAUGGAAAGACUCAUCAGAGGAGUCUGGACUCCUACAGCUAUGGAAUUUAUGCAACCCAGUUUCUACACUAAAGCUUCCCUCGUGGCUUCCAUAAUCUUCAUUCUAGACAAGAAAACAGAACUGAUCUCAGCUCCACACGCACUCGUUUACUUCGGUAUCGUAAUUUUCUUCGUAUACUUCAAACUGUCAUCGAUUCUCUUGGGUAUCCAUGACCCCUUCAUCCCGUUCGAGAACUUAAUGUGCGCUCUCAUCUUCGGAGGUAUCUGGGACAGCCUGGCCAAAAUCUUCGGCAGGGGACAAAUCAAAGAAAACGAGGCCAAAGACGUGAAGAAAACAAACUAAUAGAAUAUCUUUGCAAAUUAGACUUGAUUCGUGCGGAAUGUCGAUUCUAAUUUGCCGAGAUAAUUGAUGCCAAAUUUUUAGUUUUAAGAUACAUUGUACCAAAGUGUUUUAUUUAAUAAAUUGUUUCUGUUAUAGA